UUGCGGGCCCGAGGCAUGAUCUUAAGUCCAGAAGAAGCACUCGACUGGUCCGGUCGCGGCCAACACGUGGAAUAUCAACCACAUGAAGCAGCCGCAGUACCGCUCGUCUCGAACGGAAACCUAGGGUAUGGUGCUUCGGGUUUCGUCGAUAGAGUUAGAUGUCGCCGGAUCGACCUGGCCCGCAAAACAAUUCGAUGUAAUCGACGACUAACCAAAGAGGAGGCUGUUACCGAGGUCGAACAUCUCCAGCGCCUACAGCACCGUCACAUAGUUCGAUUGGUGGGGACAUAUUUGCUGAAGAAAGACCUUGUCAUUUUGCUGUACCCGGCAGCUGAGUGGAAUCUGGAAGAGUACAUGGAUGAGCUGUUUGAAGGCAGAUCCGAGAUCGCGAAGACAGAUGCUGCCACUUUAUCCACCUUCGUGGGAUGCCUUUCAAACGCCAUUCAAUACAUGCACAACAACAACGUGAAGCACAUGGAUAUCAAGCCAAAGAACGUCCUGAUUAGGGAUGGUUUCUUUGAGCUUGAAGUUUACGUCGCCGACUUCGGGAUUGCACGAGCGUACAAGUGCGCCGACGAUUCAAACACUGAUUCGCCAACACCCUUUACUAGACUCUACGCUGCACCCGAGGUUGCUGCUCAAGAAUCACGAGGGUUUCCGGCAGACGUGUUCUCGCUCGGGUGUGUCUUCAUAGAGAUAUUUGCAAGUAUCAUGACAACAGCUAAACAAGACGAACGGGAAGAGCUCGUGAAGGUCCGCAGUCAAGGAGCAGAGAGAACAUACCAUGCCAAUGCGGAGGCU